CCAUCACUCACGAAAUGGACUUCCACUUGAUCUUCCACUCGCUAUCUCUCACCACCGAAUACCCCCUUUCCAACACAUACAAAUGAAGGCAUGCCUUUCCCCCGCCAUUUGAGGACGCCAAUUUCUCAGUUUCUCCUCGACAAUUCUCACGGGCCGCAAGGCUUCGUGCAGCACGACCACAUCUCUCCUACUUCCAACGCCCGCAACCAUGGACGCGGCCGCACACGCAAAGCCCCCUUCUCAACGAGCUCCCGGUCUCUCGCCUCAUCGCACGAACCAAAUCACUACGAGAUUCUCGAUGUUCCGGUAACCGCCACACCCGCCGAAAUCAAGAAGAAAUUCUACUCUCUCUCCCUCCGCCACCACCCAGACCGCAACCCCGAUGACCCUGCGGCUUCCUCCCGCUUCGCCAAAAUCAAUUCCGCCUACCAAGUCCUCAGCAACAACACAAAGCGCUCAACCUACGACCGCGACCAUGGAAUCCACGCCCACGCCUCCCAAUCAACCCACUCCACCGCAACGCCCGGCCAACACCCCAUGGGCAGCCACAGCAGCCACAGUAGCCACGCCUCGUAUUUCGGCUCGCGACCUGCAAGUGGCCUAAGCAAACGUCGGGGUGUAUUCCGGGGUCCGCCGCCGAGUUUCUACGCGCACGGCGGAUACGGAAAUAGAAGAGCACCUCCUGGGGCCGCGGGCGCUGCGGGCGGGGGUUCAUAUUCAGGUUCUGCGGCCGGUGCUGCGGGCAGCGCCGGGAAAGAAGACGACCCGACAUCAUUUAUAGAUCGGAAUCGGGUUUCGCACUUUAAUGCGCGGGGCCAUUACCGGACGCAGACGGCCGAGGAUGCGCGACGGCAGCAGCGGCGAUCUAGGACGGAGGCCGAUAUCAAUGAGCAGUAUAUAGGCAGUCAGGGGGAUUUUGUAGUGCGGUUCAUUGCAGUCUCGAGCAUUCUUGUGGGUGCGGGUGCGUUAUCGGGGUUCAUCCGAUGGCCGAGUAGUUCUGGGGUCGAGAAGUCGGAAAAGACGAAAUCUGCAAAAGUGAAGACUGGCUGAGACGUGCUUCCGUGUUUUUGGAAUGUCUUGUUUUCGCGCUGCAUUUGCCGGGGUUGCAUUGUACAUAUUUACGCUAUUCUACUGGGAUUGGCGCUGGCUGGAUACAUUGUUUUAGAUGAAUGUGCUUAGCAAAGCGAUAUAGAAUUUUGUUUACAAGCAGCUCAUCAAAAUACACGGCGUAUGCGCUGUAAAUAGGUCUCAAACAAAAGA